GGUAAAUUUAUGGGAACCAAAUGCACAAGAUCUAAAAUCCCUAUAUCAUUGAAAUUGCUGAAAAUAAAUCUGGAUAAAUGGUUUCACUACGGUCUGGAAACAAUACUAAAGAUUCAGCUACUAGUAGUAGUACUAGUAGUAGUAACAGUGCUGGAGUAAAAGCAUCCCAAAAGGAGACUUCAAGAAGCCUACACACUGACAAGAUGAAAUAUGUGAUAUUCAUCAGCUUGGUCCUGGACCUUCUUGGGUUUACUGUAAUUCUGCCGCUAUUUCCUGCAUUGCUGGAUUACUACAGCAAGCACGACUCCAGUGGUCUUUAUGAUACUCUUUUGAGUGGUGUCAGCCGCUUCCAGUCAGGAUUGGGAGUGCCAGAGAGGUUCAACAGUGUUCUUUUUGGUGGAGUGCUGGGUUCUCUCUUCUCAUUGCUGCAGUUCCUCUCAUCUCCACUCACCGGUGCUCUCUCCGAUGUCUAUGGCAGAAAGCCUGUCCUUAUUGCCACUCUGGCUGGUGUUGCUGCAUCUUAUGCAGUUUGGGCGGUGGCUAGCAGUUUUACUGUUUUUGUUUUGGCCCGCGUGCUGGGAGGCCUUAGUAAAGGCAACGUCUCUCUCUCAUACAGCAUCAUGACUGACAUCCUCGACACUAGCACCAGAGCUGGAGGCAUGGCACUGAUUGGCGUCGCCUUCAGCAUUGGUUUCAUCGUAGGACCAGGUGUUGGCGCUAUGUUCUCAAAGUGGGGAACCAGCGGCUGGUUUGCUGCAAGUGCAAUAUAUGCCUUUGUCCUCACCAUCCUUAACAUCCUUUAUGUCUGUAUCUACUUCAAGGAAACUCUUCCAAAAGGCCUGGUGGUGAUGAUCCCUGGCUUUGCUCUGGUGGGCUGGAGCUCAGGACCCGUCAUGCUCUACGCUGGACUCACACUUUAUGCUUUAGGUAAACAUUUUGUGUUUAGUAUACCGGUAAUAACAUUCCCUGUAUGA